AUGGUUCUGUUAGUUGUUGUCUAUGGAGAAUGGGCUAUUCAAGAUAAGGUGUGGCAAUUUGUGGUUGAUAAUCUUAAAGGAGGGAGACUGUGUUUUUUUAGUGAUUAUUGCACCCAUUGUUAUCUUCUUGAGAUGGCAAAAGAUGAAUAUAAGGUGGAAUCCAACUUGGUGGAGAUCACUUAUUCACUACCGGAAUCAAUGUUGCAACAUAUGGCGCCAGAUACUCCUCCAAUGCAUGUCACAAAUGAUAGACAAGUUCAGAAUUUGAUCGAGCUAAGUAGAGCGCAUGUUAUACGUCUUUGUGUCUCAAUUCGGUUGGAGAUGGAUUGUGAUGUCAACAAUGAUUGUGGUAGAAUUUUGGACAGUGGUUGUGAAGAAUAUACAGACGUAGAUGCUGAGGAAUGCGAGGAUGGAGAUGGUGACAACUAUGGGGAUGGUACGGGAAAUGGUGCGAAUGAAGAAGAUCAUGUUAUUGAAGAUGGUGAUGGUGUCGAUGAUAUCAAAAUUGAUGGUGUUGGUAUUAAUGAAGAUUACAGUGUUUAUGGAAAAGUGAAAGAUGAGGAUCAAGAUGAUAUCACAUUUGAUGGUGUUGGUGGGAGUGAGCGUUGUCUUGGCGAAGGAGCAAGAUCAAAAUCGACAUGGUCUGAUGGUAUAUUUGUCGGACAGAGUUUUAGUAGCAAGGAUGAGCUGCUUAAAGAGUUGUGA